AUGGCGGAGGAAGUCAGCAUCGAUCCGACGGCCUUUCACAACCGCCUCUCCGCGCUGAUCACCGCAUGGAAGGCCGACAAGCGCAGCGGCAACCAUGUCUUUGGUGACGUGGGCAGCAUCGUUAUUGUUAUGGGCAAAAGCGACGAGACCCAGGGUUUCCACAAGGCGAAUGGUACGCAGUUCUGGCUGUUGGGAUAUGAGUUCCCGGCCACGCUGUUUCUCAUCACCCUCGAGGCAAUGUACAUUGUCACCACCAAGAAAAAGGCAGCCUAUUUGGAUGUUCUCAAAAACGGAAAGACACCCGUCGAGGUGCUGGUGAGGGGCAAGGAUGCCGCGGAGAACACCAAGCAGUUCGAGAAGAUGACGGAGACGAUCAAGGCUGCUGGAAAGAAGGUCGGCGUGCUCACCAAGGAGACCAGCACUGGACCAUUUGUGACCGAGUGGAAGACUGCACUGGCAGAGAUCAGCAAAGAGAUCGAGGAGGUGGAUGUCAGCGCAGCGCUCUCGUCAGCCAUGGCUGUCAAAGACGAGAAUGAGCUGCGCGCGAUCAGAAACGCUGCCAGUGCCUCCGCAUAUGUCAUGAGAGAUUACUUCGUCGAGACCAUGUCGGAUAUUCUGGACAAGGAAAAGAAAAUCACCCACAAGGCCCUCUCCAACAAGGUCGGAGACAAACUGGACGAUGAAAAGUUCUUCCGCGCCAUCAAAGGAUUGGGCAAGUUUGACUCGAUGCAGCUGGAUUGGAGCGUGGCGCCAAUCGUACAGAGCGGUGGCAACUUCGACCUCAAACUUGCCAGCGAGCCGGACGACAACAACCUACACCAGCCGGGUGUCAUCAUCUCCGCUCUGGGAUUGCGAUAUCAGACAUAUGCUUCGAUGAUUGCGCGGACAUAUCUGGUUGAGCCGAACAAGACUCAGGAGAGCAUGUACAAGUUGCUGCUCUCGGUGCACGAGACGGUUAUCAAGGAGCUUCGGGAUGGUGUGCAAGCGAAGGAUGUCUACAACAAGGCAGUUGCUGUCAUCAAGGCAAAGAAGCCCGAGCUUGUGGAGCACUUUGUCAAGUCUGUUGGUUCAGGAAUUGGUAUCGAGGCCAAGGAUAACAUUCUUGUGCUCAAUGCCAAGAAUGUCCGCCAGUUGAAGGACGGCAUGACAUUCUCAAUUACCACAGGAUUCUCCAACCUGGAGAACCCAAGUCCUCGCGACAAGAAGCGUGACGGGACAUACUCUCUAUUGCUGAGUGACACAGUCCGCGUGACUGCCGGAUCCGAUGCGUACUGUUUCACCAAGGAUGCGCCGCGCGACAUGGAGAGCGCUUCGUUCUUCUUCAACGAUGAAGAGGAAGAGAAGAAGCCAAAAGCCAAGCCGAAGAAGGAUCCACGUGUGGGAGCUGUCGCUUCUUCAAACAUCACCAAGACUCGUCUACGGGGCCAGGGUGGUACCACACAGAAUGAAGAGCGAGAAGCGGCCCGCAGAGCCCAUCAAAAGGAGCUGCACGACAAGAAGCAAAAGGACGGUCUGGCGCAAUACACUGAAGGACACGGCAACCUCAACGGUACGCAAGAAAAGAAAUUCAAGCGAUUCGAGUCCUAUAAGCGGGACACUCAGUUUCCAUCCCGCGUCAAGCAGCUUGAAGUGUUGGUCGAUCAGAAGAAUUACUCACUGAUCCUCCCCAUCAUGGGCCGUCCGGUACCCUUCCACAUMAACACGGUCAAGAACGCCACCACCAGCACAGAAGGUGGUUUCUGCUAUCUUCGUAUCAACUUUCUCUCCCCCGGCCAGGGUGUGGGCAGGAAGGAUGAUCAACCCUUUGAGGACCCCGGUGCACACUUUAUUCGCUCGUUGACCUUCCGUAGUAAGGACAACCAGCGCAUGGAAGACAUCAAAGAUCAAAUCACCGAGAUCAAGAAGGCUGCCGUUCGCAAGGAGCAAGAGAAGAAGGACAUGGAAGAUGUUGUGGAGCAAGACAAGCUUGUUGAGAUCCGCAACCGCCGCCCACUCAGACUCGAUGGUAUCUACCUGCGACCUGCAAUGGAGAGCAAGCGUGUCGGAGGAUCCGUUGAGAUUCACCAGAACGGUUUGCGCUACAAUCACAUUGGCUCUGCAAAGGUCGACAUCCUAUUCAGCAACGUGAAGCAUCUUUUCUUCCAACCUUGUGUCGGCGAGCUGAUUGUCAUCAUCCAUGUCCACCUUCACAACCCAAUAAUGGUGGGCAAGAAGAAGGUCAAGGAUCUGCAAUUCUACCGCGAGGCGACUGAGAUGCAAUUCGACGAGACUGGCAACCGGAAGCGUAAGCACCGCUAUGGUGAUGAGGAGGAGUUCGAAGCCGAGCAGGAAGAGAAGAGACGACGAGCACUACUUGACAAGGAAUUCCGCAACUUCACCGAGAAGAUUGCCGAUGCCGGAAAGAGUGAAGGUAUCUCCGUUGACAUGCCUUUCCGUGACUUGGGAUUCAACGGUGUGCCGAGUCGCAGCUCCGUCACCAUUCAGCCUACGACCGACUGUCUUGUCCAAUUGACGGAACCACCUUUCAUGGUCGUCACGCUCAACGACAUCGAGGUUGUGCAUCUCGAGCGUGUUCAAUUCGGACUGAAGCAAUUCGACAUGGUCAUCGUUUACAAGGACUUUACACGACCACCCUCUCACAUCAACACCAUUCCGGUGGAAUCUCUCGACAGCGUACGAGAUUGGCUGGAUAGUGUCGACAUCCCCUUUACUGAAGGUCCCCUCAACCUGAACUGGGCAACGAUCAUGAAGACUGUGAUCCAAGACCCUCACGAGUUCUUCAAGGAUGGUGGAUGGUCUUUCCUCUCCAACGAAAGUGAUUCCGAUGGUGAGGACGAGGAAGAAGAGGAGAGUGCGUUUGAAGUCUCAGAGGAGGAUCUCGCCAGUGAUGAGAGCUCCGAAGACGAGAGUGAGUUUGACGACGACGCAAGUGCAGAUGCUAGCGAGGAGGAUGGUAGCGACGACGAGGAAGGAGAUGAUUGGGAUGAUAUGGAGAAGAAGGCUGCGAGGAAGGAUCGUGAAGGAGGACAUGACGAUGAUGAGGAUGCGGGCAAAUCCAAGUCUAAGACGAAGUCGAAGAAGCGGUGA